AGGAAUCUAGGGUUAGGGUUUUAUGUAUUUUAGUGUGUCUUUCUCUCCCAGUAGCCGCCCGCUGCAGUUUGAGUCCGUCGGGAGAAGAGGAGGAAAAUGAAGACCAUCUUGUCGUCGGAGACUAUGGACAUCCCUGAUGGGGUGAACAUCAAGGUGAAGGCGAAAGUGAUCGAGGUCGAGGGCCCGAGGGGCAAGCUUAUCCGCAACUUCAAGCACCUCAACCUUGACUUCCAUCUCAUCAAGGACGAGUCCACAGGCAAGCGCAAGCUCAGGAUCGAGGCCUGGUUUGGCUCCAGGAAAACCAGCGCUGCCAUCCGUACCGCGCUUAGCCACGUCGAGAAUCUGAUCACCGGUGUCACUAAGGGUUACCGCUACAAGAUGAGGUUCGUCUAUGCUCACUUUCCCAUCAAUGCUUCCAUCACCAAUGGUAACAAGUCCAUCGAGAUCCGCAACUUCUUGGGCGAGAAGAAGGUCCGUAAAGUGGAAAUGCUUGAAGGUGUUUCUAUUGUUCGAUCUGAGAAGGUUAAGGAUGAAAUCGUGUUGGAUGGAAAUGAUAUUGAACUGGUGUCACGUUCAGCUGCUUUGAUAAACCAGAAAUGCCAUGUCAAAAACAAAGAUAUCAGGAAAUUCCUUGAUGGUAUCUACGUUAGUGAGAAGAGCAGAAUUGCAGAAGAAGAGUGAUUGUUUUCCAUCAACUGUUAUAGUGCUGCUACAAUUAUAUGUUUCAGUAAAACUGUUGGACUUUGAUUUUUCCUUUUCUUUAUCUCUUUUUGGAUUUCAGUUGCUGAGAAUGAGAAUGUUGUCCUUUUUAUUGUCUGGAAGAUUUUGGUCAUCUACUAGCAUUAUAAUGUUGGUUUUAAAUCUUUGUGUUAGUUAUUGUCCGCUUUAUAUUAGCAGUAUUCAUCUACUAGCA